UUAGAAAGUCUGAAAGCUGAACCUGGGGAAAAAGAAAAGGAAAUUAUAGAAGCUAUUCAGAAAGGAAUUAACAAAGGUGUCAAUAUUACAAUGACAAAAUCAGGAGGGAUUAACAGGUUACAAUUUUUGCAAAAUUUAGUAGACAGAAUGCGUCAACGCUUAUUUGAUGACUCAAAAAAUAAAACAAUGCUAGAAGACAUUCAGGUAAUUGAUGAAGUGUUCAAAGUAGCAACUAAUGAUGCAAAGGGAGAAGAUGAAGUUAAAAGAGUAUCACGGACAUUAGGUUUUUCUGAAUUUGAAAGUGUAGUUGACUUCCGUUCAAGAAAUGUUUUUUCUAGUUUCAUAAAAGCAUUAAAUAUACUCCCAACUUCAACAGCUGAUUGUGAACGAGGGUUUUCCGAUAUGAAUUUGACAAUAACUGAUUUAAGGACUAGAUUAAACAUUGAAAAUGUGUCAGAUUUGAUGUUCAUCUCUAUCAAUGGCCCUUCAGUUGCAGAUUUUAAUCCUAGACCUUAUAUUAAAAUUUGGUUAAGAGAUCACCGUUCUGCCGUUUCCACUCCUAGAGGUAAAGAAAGAAAAGAAAUAGACGACGAAAACAAUUUAUUUAAUUAA